GCUGAAUGUCUGCUGAUCUGUACGAGGCAAGGAAGUGCCUUGCAAAUGGAUCUCUCUAAUUGUCUCCUAUAGGAUGGGUGUGUUUGGGAUCUAAUAGGCAGCAGUCACUGCCCUGCUGAACAUCAGAUUAUUGCUGGGAGUUCAAUAACGAUGGCAAGCGCAGAAAAACUGUAUCGAGAAAAAAUGCAAGAAAUACAAAAGCAGCUGAAUAAAUUCAUGCAGACAAUCAAUAACCACUCCAAGGUGGAUGCCUUUCUUAAUUCUCCUUUUGGUCAGUACUUGGAUGAGCAUCCAUUUGUUACCCUCUCACUUUUAGUAUUUGUCUCCCUGUCUGUGGUGCCAGCUGGAUUAUUCCUGACUCUUGUUGCUGGAACAGCAAUUGCUGUCUGUCUUGCAGUCUUAAUAAUAGAAGGUAUUGUGAUAUCAGUCAGUGGAAUAGCUUUGCUCUGUAUCCUCUGCGGGCUUGCUGUCAUGUCACUCGGAGUGGCAGCAAUUUUGUGUGUGUCCUAUGUAGCCGGUUCAAGUGUAUUCAACUACAUGCAUGCAUACAGGGUGGCAGUUGGAACAAGAGAAAGAUCUGGACCUAUUUCACUGAAUCACAAAAUGACGAUGGCUGAAAAAUCUCUCUCGAGCAGCUGAGCUGGGGUUAAAGUAACUUGAAAUGGUCAUUUUGCAUCUCUGCGUCCUAAGUGUUUCUUCCAAUAUUUACUGUUACAAGAAGGUGCCCAUGGUAAAGCACUUUUAUUCCCCACGUUAAUUAUCUUGUAUUGCUAAAAGGUGAACAUCCCUUAAGCUGAAAUUGUCUUACUAUGUGAUUGUGUAUGAUAUAUAUUCAAGUUCUUUAAUAAAGGAUAUUAAUUAUUCUGUU